CUCUGCAACUGGCUAGGAGCUGAAGAGCUUUGCUUCCAUCUUAAGAAUUGACAACCAAAAUAAUGGAGGGAGUAUAAAUAAAUACCUUUCUCCUUGUUGGUCCCCUGAGGGCACUUCAUUGUUUUAUCCUUCUCGUCUUUUUGUUUCUCUGAGGACAAAAAGGGUUGAAGAAGUGGAUUUUGAGGGGGGAGAAAUGGAGGUUCUUGUGGACCCCACGUUCGACAUGGAGGCCGCUGCCUCGGCGGCGGUUACGGCGACUUUUGUUAGAGAGCGGAAGCCUGAUAAGAAGAAUAAAGGCUCCUCCUCUUGCUUUUUUCUCAAGGAGGAUGUCGCCGGGUUGCCGGACGUAUCACCGGAGAGUUCGUCGUCGAUCGGAUCGUCGGGAGGCAGCGACGAUGAAGAGGAAGACGGCGUAGUUUCAUUUAGGGCAAGUGGAAGCUUGGGAUGGUUGGGUUCUCUAGAGGAUUCUCUUCCGAUCAAGAGGGGAUUGUCGAAUCACUAUGUGGGAAAAUCAAAGUCAUUCGGGAAUCUGUUAGAUGUAAGCACAGUAAAAGAAGUGGAAAAAGCAGAGAAUCCAUUCAACAAAAGGAGGAUUUUGCUUGCAAACAAAUGGUGCAGGUCCAGGAAUUCAUCUUUCUAUUCAUGGCAAAACCCCAACUCCAUGCCUCUUCUUGCUCUGAACGAAGACGAUGAAGAAACGCCAUCAACAUCGUCAAAUGACGAUAAUCCACCAACAACAAAAUCUGAAUCGCAGCAAAGCGAACUCAAGGUCACUAACAAGUCACAGAGUUGUUUUUCUUUAACAGGUCUACGAGUACAAGAUGAGCCUCAAUAACACUUUUCUUUUUGAAACAUCAAGAUAUAUGCUUUAGGGUUUAGAUUAUUAUUCCU